GUUGCUGUUUACAACCCAAACCUUACACGUUCGUUCUAAAGCUUCGGUUGAAUGAUAUUACGUGACGAAACUCUUAUUGCCGACCGACUUUCAAAGCACUGUGGCGCUCCUCGUCACCAAGCGGAACCUUUCGCCAUGUCUUAUUUGUUUUUGAUCUGUAUUCUUUCUUGCUAAGAAUGGAGGCGAACCCCAUAAGUGUCAUUUUAGUAAACAGUGAUAGCAAAGGGGACCGGCUCUUGUUCCGAUUCCCUUACGCUGCUGACUCCAGGCACACUGGGGAAAAUUGUCAGCAAAUUCGCCGUCGUAAUCCCUAUGCCGUGACUGUCACAGAAGACCUGUUGCAAACCCAACCUGCCCAAACGUCCAACAUUCAGCAAGGACGAUUAACUGGUUUUACUGAUGAGGUACUGUCAACUCUUUUCGCUGUCAAACCAGAACUUUGUGAACGUAAGUUUGAGUUAAAAGUGAAUGAUGUCCGAUUUGUCGGUCAUCCUAUACAGCUGCCUGCCACCAGCCAAUCCAGGAGCUCACUCGGAGGUGCAAGUGGAAGCAAACCAGAUACACCGUCUCACACCACAUUAAUUAACAUGGUUUUCGCUCUACAUGCAACUGCCAGUCACUCAAUUGUUAAGUGCUACUAUGAUUUAAGCAAGAGGCUCGGGGUGGCUUUGCGACAUGAAGAAAAGAGAUGCUCAUAUGUAACACAAGAAACAAAAAUAAUGAUAACAGCCCAUGAUGAGUUCUCAACAAGGCAAAGUGAAUGCAACAUUUAUGGUGCUGAGUCAGCUUUUGAUUUGAUACUCCACCGGAGUUCACUUGCGAAACAAUUAAAGGGAGUAUUUCAAGAUCUCAUUCAAACAGGUCUGAUAAAACUGCGCAUCAAUAAUUGGCUUCAAGUCAGCUUUUGUCUCCCACAAAAAGUUCACCAAGUUCAUUUCCAUCUUAAAAACUUCAUAAUUGAGCCAGAAGCCAUUGAUAGGUGUCUUCAGAGCCUUCGACCAUAUCAUGGACUUCUUCUUCUAGUGGAACCCUCCGAGCUAUUAGAAAGUUUACCACCUGAUGCGUCACCUGCUCUCGUACGUCUUGUUCAAAUCCACUCUCCUCUAAAAAGUUUGCAGACCCUGUCAGCAGAUGCUGAUCUUACCUUGGCUCAGGUUUUCCAACUUACAGGACAUUUAGUGUACUGGGCUAAGGCUACUAUAAUUUACCCGCUCUGUGAGAGUAAUGUGUAUGUCAUUGCUCCUGAUGCACCAACUGAUCUUGGUUCCCCUUUAGUAGAACGUUUUUCGGAGCAAUUUCCUGGGUUAUGCCUUUUUCAGACAAUGAGCGAGUUUUCCCAGCCCACUUCAAUCGGUCAGAAAGUGAGUCCUUUACUGGGAUCACAAGCCCUAACCCAGUUGAUUCGCACUGUUGUGUGGAUGCUACGCCACAGGCUUCUGCUUCAACUUCACACCUAUGUGUAUUUCAUGGCUACCUCUCGUUGGCCCCAUCAGGAGGGGUCUCUACCAGCAGGAGGUGAAGGAAGUUUUCAUAGCACACCAGAGGAGCAGUUGAGCCUUGGUCCUACAGGAACUUGGAGUGCAGGGCAUGCUAGGAGUGACAGUGAUGCAAGCUCCAUCAGUGAUGACAUUGCUGUACUUCGGGCAGAGAAACAGUUCCAACAUCGGGGAUCACACCAUCAUCAGUCUGCUGUUCUUAAUAGCUUGAGCCCCAACCUUGAUGACGGUUCAACUGAUGGAGACAAGGGUAAUGGUCUCAUCCCUGAAGAACUCCUGGCUGAUUUCAGUGAAGCAGAGCGGGUGUCAAUUUUGAAGAUCCCAGCUGCCACCAACUCAGAUGACUUGGCUUUACUUGCCAAACUUUACCGGUCUGGCUACCUGCGAGGCCAACAUCAUUUAGAAGAAAUUAUGUAUCUGGAAAAUUUACGAAGAUCCCAACUACUUCAGCUCCUUGACAAGUUCCGUGAUGUGUUGGUUACAUGUGAGACAGAAGACCCAGCAAUUGCUAUAUUUUACUCCCACUCAUGACCUUUUCUAUAAGUCUUGGUACCUGCUACAAUUGUGAUAUGAUACACAUUUCUACAAAAUAUAUACGCGUUUUUAACAAA